AUGGCAUCACAUAUGGUUCUUGGUUUGGUGGAUAUUCUCAGAGAUGCCCUCAAAAUCUUCUACAGAAAUAGGAAGCUCAUGGCCUCUUUCACCUUAAUCACCCUCUCACUUUUCUCUCUCCUUUACUUGUUCAAUAUUUUCUCUAUGAAACCAUUGCUCACAAAAUGGAUAACUGACCAAAGCCGCCUCCUUUUCACCAGCCCCAACACCCCGGAAUAUGCUAACCUUCUUGUUGCAGCACAUAAAGACAUGAGAGUAUUUAUUGCUUUCUAUGGUUACGUGGCUGUUGUAUGGACUUUAGUUCUUGUUGUUUCAGUGCUUGAAGAAAGCUAUGGAAUUGAGGCCCUUGAGAAGGCGGCAAUAUUGUUAAAGGCAUGGAAAUGCACGGAUUUCUCGUUAAUAUUGCAAUCACAAUUCUUUUUUGUAUUGUGCUAG